GGGGCCCGUUUCAGAAAGCAGGUUUAGUGAAAACUCUGAGUUAGUUAACCCUGAGAUGAGGGAAACUCUGGUUUUUCAGUUUCACAAAGCCAGUUCAGCUUUACUCUGACUCAGUUACCCUGGCAACAUACUCCGUGAACCUAACCUGCUCGCUGGCAGGUUUUCUUCAACUAACCCCGAGUUUCUCCUGCUCUUAAGUUAAAGCCUGCAGACUGAAGGCAGUGGCAGACAUGGCGUGUCCUUUUAUUGAAGAGCCAGUUGAUGUCGAGGCGCAGAUACUUGGAUGUUUUAAUUCCCUGAUGAGUAGCUACCUGUUUGAGCGUUUCCGUUUCUCUGCAUCAUCAAUAAUUUAUAUAAACAAUAUUCUCAGCCCUCACAUCACUCGCAUGACACAUCGUGGACCCGCCAGUUCCGAGCAAAUUCUUUGUAUUGCACUUCGUUUUUUUGCCAACGGCAGUUUUUUGUAUAACGUCGGUGAUGCAGAGCAUGUGUCCAAGGAAACUGUCUGUCGGGCUGUCCGAAAUGUGACACUUGCACUGAAACAGCUACUAUGCACGUUUGUAGUGUUCCCAAGUCACAGACCCACCAGACUUCUCAAAGAAGAGUUCCACAGAAUUGCAGGGUUUCCAGGUGUGAUUGGCUGCAUAGAUGGCACUCACAUUCCUAUCAUAGCUCCUUCAAUAAAUGAAGGAGAUUAUGUGAAUAGGAAAUCUGUCCACAGCAUUAAUGUACAGAUCAUAUGUGACGCAGCCCACAUGAUAAAUAAUGUGGAAGCGAAGUGGCCUGGGUCUGUGUAUGACUCACAAAUGUUUCGUGAGUCUACACUGAAUGCCAGAUUUGCCCGUGGUGAGUUUAUAUAUAUAUAGUUUAUAUAUCCAGUAUAUAGUUAUAUCCUAUGAUCAAUAUUUUGUUUCCUCCUAUUACAACUGAAACAAUAAAGUGUAUCUUGUA